UGCUCAAUGUUAAAAACGUGUGUGUCGCAAUAGUUUACGAUUAAUCUAGUAAAAAAAGUUGUAAAAAAGUGAUCAAACUGCACUGGUUGGUAAAAAAAAAAAAAAAAAAAAUUCCGUGCUUGUACACGUGAAAUUUGUGUUUUAAACCCAAAACGUCAGCAUAUAUAGCUCAUUGUAGUAAUGUUUCGUUAUGGCAACCUUACCUCCACGCAAAUUUUCGAAUUUCGCCCCAACGGAUAUUGCUAAGGAACAUUUGACGCCACUGCAAAUUCUCUUGCAAUUGGGCUUUCCCGAGCACAGAGCAACAAAAGCACUGGCCGCGACGGGCCAUCGGAGUCUUCAAUUAGCCUCAGACUGGCUCUUGGCGCACGUAACAGACCCAACUCUCGACGAAAAAGAACCCAGGGAGUAUGUUCUUUACUUGUGCCCGACCGGACAACUGCACGAGCAGCUACAAAAAUUCUGGUUCAAGAGCAGAGAGCUGGAGUGGAACGGGGCCCACAAUUUCAUGCCCCACAUAACGCUUGUGCCACCGUUCAAGGUCACGGAUGAACUGUCAAAGCAAGCAGCUGACAUUUUGGAAACCCUGACUGCCAAGGAUGACUGUCCUGAUGCCAUCGAGUUGGAAACCUACGUGUCCCCAAAUUUCAUGGGCUUGUUCGUGAAGGAUGAACAAGCCAAGUGGCUCAAAUCCUUGGCGGCGCAGUACGUCGGCAAACUACUGGACGUAGGAAUCACAGCCGAGCCGAACACAAAGUCGCUGCACCUGACGCUGGCCUAUCAAUUCUCCGACUCGUUGUUCGAGCCUCUCAGCACGAUGGUCGAGAAAUUAACGACGACCGGAGUCGUCGGCUGGGAGCUCAGGUUGUACUCGAAGGAUCCAAGAUCGUGCGAUUUGCAUGUACACAAGGUCAUGCACGCCCACGUUCCCCGGAAUCACGACGAGCUGGAAUUAAGACCCGGGGAUUACAUUUACGUGCCCGAGGAGGCCUGCGCCAGUACAAUUGACGGCUGGGUCGAGGGGGUUUCCUGGCUGACCGGGCUGACCGGUUACUUUCCUUUGAACCACACCAAACGCACCGCAGAAUCGGACGCUUGGACGCUGCACUCGACGGUACAAAUAUUAGACAAUAAAGUAGAAUGUAGAGACAAUAUUAUUCCUAAAGCGAGGAAACCGCCUGUGAUACUUUUUGACGAUUCCAUCGACGCGCCAGACGGAGUAGCCGAAGACAGUGAGCCACUGGAAGGAGAAGUCGCAGCAGCGACGGGAUCUCGUGAAAUUUUAAUCUGCCGUCACGGGGAAAGAGUGGAUUUCACCUUUGGCACGUGGAUCCCGUAUUGCUUCGAAGCUGAUGGCUGCUACGUUCGCCGAGACCUAAACAUGCCGAUCAAAAUUCCCCCGAGGAACAUUAAAGACUUUCAGGACGACUGUCCACUGACGGCACUGGGUGAAUUACAAGCCAGUCUCAUCGGGGAAGCAAUGAAGGAGUCCAAUGUGCGCAUAGACGUGGCUUUCGCGUCGCCGUCGUUGAGGUGCAUACAGACCCUGUCUCAAAUACUGAAAGGCUUUGAGUCUGACUUGUCCAUCAAAGUCGAGCCCGGGCUGAUGGAGUGGGUGGCUUGGUACCAGAAUGGCCUGCCGACGUGGAUGACUUCCGAGGAGUUGUCCAAGGCUGGGUUCAACGUGGACAGCAGUUACAAGCCAAUCGUCAAAGCUGACGAGCUUCCCUUGCGAGAGAGCGCCGCUCAGUAUUACGCAAGGAGUUACGCCCUUAUAAAGAGUAUCAUUGAGAAUACCAAAGGCAACAUCCUGAUAGUGGCCCACGCGAUUUCUCUGGCUGCUUGCACGAGGCAAUUGAUCGGUGGCCAGGUACCGCAGAUACCCGAAGUCACGCGUUUAGUGCAGCAAGUGCCAUAUUUAGCGUGUCUCAUGGUUAAGGAAGGGCCCAAUGGCUGGGUCCUCCUUCCCCCGCCUUUUCCACCGAUCACGCACAGCAGCAACAAGAGAUUCGACUGGAAAAUCUUGACUUGAUGCAUUCUUUUUCCCUCCCUACUUUUCUCAUUGUAAUUUAAUCUUUCAAACAGUGCCUGUCUAGUACCAUAUCGGUUAUACGUAAGGAAUGUCCUACUGAAUUGUUCAAUAUAAAAAAAAAAUAGGUUUACUACGAACCUACUAACAUAAAAUACAUAGAGACGCGCAUGUAUCUCUUUAAUCUAUUGAAAUAGCCUGUUAGUUGUACAUAGAGUAUGAAAUAUUUUUUAUAUACAUAUUAUAUACGUAAAUUUUUAAAGAUGUUACAAG